CGCGGCCGGAGCGCAGUCACAUGACCGAGCCAAGAUGGCGUCGCCCAACUGCUUGUGGCUCCUGGCCCUCACCUUCUUGCCGGGGUCCUGCGCUGAAUGGGCACUGGAGCAUCUCGACCCUCAGGCGAAGCCGCUGCCACUGGUGAUCUGGCAUGGGAUGGGAGACAGCUGUUGUAAUCCCUUAAGCAUGGGGGCUGUGAAGAAAAUGGUGGGGAAGAAAAUACCUGGAAUUUACAUCUUAUCUUUGGAAAUUGGGAAGGACCAGGCAGAGGAUGUGGAGAACAGCUUCUUCUUGAAUGUCAAUUCCCAAGUAACAACAGUCUGUCAGAUUCUCGCUAAGGAUCCUAAACUGCAGCAGGGCUACAAUGCUAUGGGAUUUUCCCAGGGAGGCCAGUUUCUGAGGGCAGUGGCUCAGAGAUGCCCAUCACCUCCCAUGAUCAAUCUGAUCUCAAUUGGGGGACAGCAUCAAGGUAUUUUUGGACUCCCUCGGUGCCCAGGGGAGAGCUCUCACAUCUGUGACUUGAUCAGAAAAACACUGAAUGCUGGAGCUUACGCCAAAGCUGUUCAAGAACACCUGGUGCAAGCAGAAUAUUGGCAUGACCCCAUAAAGGAGGACGUGUACCGCAACCACAGCAUCUUCUUGGCAGAUGUUAAUCAGGAAAGAAGUGUCAACGAGUCCUAUAAGAAAAACCUGAUGGCCCUGAAGAAGUUUGUGAUGGUGAAGUUCCUCAAUGAUUCCAUUGUGGACCCUGUGGAUUCUGAGAAGUUUGCUGACCCCUUUGCUAUAGAGUUCAGCAUAAGGAUUUUCAGAGGGCUGGUGCUGAAUUCAAUUGUAGGAAGCAGAAAUUCUGAGGAAUUAGAGCUCUUUGGAAAGAUUCCUCAGGAUCUACCCUUAAAGAGUGGUUUGGAUUUUACCGAAGUGGCCAAGCCAAGGAAACCAUUCCUUUACAGGAGACCACUCUGUACACACAGGACCGCCUGGGGCUGAAGGAAAUGGACAAUGCAGGACAGCUAGUGUUCCUGGCAGCAGAAGGGGACCAUCUUCAACUGUCUGAAGAAUGGUUUUAUACCCACAUCAUACCCUUCCUUGAGUGAAACCCUUGUAGUUUGCAGCAGAGUUCAGGGAGUCCCUCAUGCUUCCAUACUAGUAGGGGAGAUGAUUCCCUUCACACCCAAGCCUGAGCUGAGAUCCAGUUUGCAACUAAUCCUACUCUCUAGUCAUCAUCUAAUAUGCCCUGCUCAGAUCUAAGAUAUGAAUCUUAUCUUUUGCCUCAUCCUGUCACCACAUAGUGUUGAAUGCAAAUUUAAUUAGUUAAUAACAAUGGAGACUGCUUUACAAUCCUUUGAUGUGGUCAACCUGUUUUAAGAAAUGGAGUCUGCUACAUUCCAGUGCCACAACUGUGGCCUGGCUCACAAAGACUGAACAAACUCUAUAGAGCAAUGAAAUAGACUAAGGGCAAACACUUUCUCAGGAAAGCCUCUCCACAUUUCAAGCCAAGAGGCCAGUACCCAGGCCUGAGGCAUUCACAUAAAUGCUCUGUUUUGGUGAUUUUACCAGUGCUUGGAGAAGUAUUGCUUGAAGUUUCUGCUAAUUUCUUGAGCUUGCCCUCCCCUCGUUGAGUGUGUUGUCUUCUGUGUUGUCUGGGCAGUUAGACAUACUCAGCUGGCCUGCCAUCUUGUCUCCUGUCCCAAGUAGCAGUAAGUUAGUUAAUCAUAAAAGGAGGAAAAGUAGCACCCAACUGGAUUGUUCAAGGUGGGGAAGUGUGCACCAUGCUUAACUUACACCUGGGGCCUAGGGUGGGGAUGAAGAAAAAUAUAUAAAUGGAAACGAAAGAUGACACAACUGAUUCUUCCCCUUCUGUCCUUGAUUAACCUAUUCUCUCUUACAUGACUACUGAGUGGUCUGGGUUCUAGAGUCACUCUCCUGCUGGUGUUAGCAGAGAAUGGGGGGUAAAAGGUGAAGAGAUCAGACUUUCAAACUGACAUCUCAAGAGUCUUAUUUGCCACUACACUCCAAACUAUUUUAGAUUAUUUCCAGUAGAAAAAGGAUUUGCUCAAAAAACUUGGUAAAUACUGCAUACCCCUUUUUUCGUCUUAGAGAUCAACCCACAUCAGAAUAUAUUAAGGACUCUGAGAAUUUCUGCUACGGUAAAGAAAACCUUAAGCUACCACUUCCCAACUACUUGAGCAUGGAUAUUUUAGUCACAUCCUGCCCAUGCUCUACCCCAUGAAAACCUAUCAAUACUUUUUGAAAAGACUAUUCUGAGAAUGCUAUUUUGGAGAAAUGAUUAGCUACUCUUGAGGAAACAUCCUCUUAGUGCUGCAAAGUUUACCCUUUAUGAUUUUUCCUUAUCUCAAGCUGCCUUUUUCAAGUAAAAGGAUUUAAGGCAGGCAGUAGGGAGAUGCCAAAGUAAUUUUAUGAGAUUGUCUAAAAUAAAGAGUAGUUUCUUA